AUGCCGGAGUCAGCCCACGACGUGUCGCUCGCAGUCCGCACACUCACGGCCGGUGCCGAAGCAUGGAACGGCAAAUGUCAGUUCGCUAUUCGUGGUGGCGGCCACACCCCCUUCAAGGGUGCCGCCAACAUGGAGAACGGCAUCGUCAUUGACCUCAAGAACAUCCCCGCUGCCGGCAUCUCCGCCGACCACAAGACCAUCACCGUGAGUCCCAGCCAAACCUGGGACCAGGUUACGGAGCAGCUCGAUCCCUUUGACCUGAGCACCCUCGGUGCCCGCGUCGCGGGUGUAGGUGUAGGCGGUGCGGUCCUCAACUGCGGAACCUCUUUCUUCUCCCCCCGCUACGGCUUCAUCUGUGACGUGGUCGAGGAAUUUGAAGUCGUACUUGCAAACGGCGACAUCGUCCACGCCAGCGCCAGUCAGCACCCCGAUCUCUGGAAGGCUCUCCGCGGCGGUGGUAAUAACUUUGGCAUCGUCACGGCUAUCACCAUGAAGACGUUCCCGCAAGGCAGGUUCUGGGGCGGUCAAACCUUCCACGACAUCUCCACGCGAAAGGAACACUUCAAGGCCCACGAGGCCCUUGCCUCUAUGCACCCGUACGAUCCCUACGUGCACUACAUCAACAACCUAGUCCUCAGCAAUGCCACAAGAAGCUGGUUCAUCGGCAACAGCUUGCAGUACACAAAGAGCGAUCCGCCCGUCAUCGAGCCAGAGGUCUUCAAGCCCCUUCUCGCCAUCGAGCAGAAGCCACUUUUCCCCGGUGGUCCCUCCAAUACCAUCCGCGUCGACAACGUCACCUCCAUCUCCCGCGAGUACGCUGCGCUCGCAACCUACCCGAAGCGCUGGAUCUUUGCCACCGUCAGCUUUGCGCCCUCGGCUGACAUGAUGGAGGAGUUCUUCCAGCUCGCCGACGCAGCCUUCACUCCUCUCCUUGACCUCGACGGCUUUGCGGUCGCCAUGGCGUACCAGCCUGUUCCCAGCGUCAUGUCAGAACGCAACGGUGCCGUCGAUUCGUUGGGGCCCGUUCAGACGCAGGGAAAUCUCGUGUACAUCCACUUGGGCGUCUCCGUCGACGAGAACGAGAGGGACAGCGACGAGGCCGUGGAGAAGACGGUACAAAAGCUAGUGGAGGACGCUGAGGCGAAGGCCAAGAAGAUGGGGAUGCAUAGAAGCUAUCUUCAAGCGACGUACGCUGAGAGCUGGCAAAACCCCAUUGAGCGCCGGAGUAAGAGCACUCUGGAAGAGCUGCUUGCGACAAGCGAGAAGUAUGAUCCGCACCAGGUCUUUCAGAAGCAGGUUCCGGGUGGAUUCAAGUUGCCAAAGGUACCGAGUACCGGAGGUGUCAGGACCGAUCUCAAGUGA